CCUAUAAUCUAUGAACGAAAACAUCGAGGCAUGUGGCUAUUAGACUCAUAACCUUCCUGUCAUUUCAAUUUCUAUUCCUCGUCUCCAUCCAGCAAUCAGUUUUCGGAAUAAAUUUGAAUUACCGAGUUAUCGACAAUGGUGGAAGAACAAAGGAGAAGAGUUGAGGACCAGAUGACGAAAGUUGUGGAGGAAAUUGAUAAAAGUCAUUUGAGGAGAUUACAAGGUGAUAUGCACAGGUGUGCAGCUACAUGCUGUGAUAAUAAAACCGCAAGUGUUCAGAAAAUUCACCAGUGCAUUCAAAACUGCAGUGGAUCCUUGACAAAGGCACAACAGCACGUAAAUGCGGAAUUCACGAGAUUUCAGAAUCGAUUGCAGAGAUGCAUUAUGGACUGUAAUGAUCACAUAAAAGAUCAGAUGGGUGUUAACCCGACGCAGAAUGAAGUUAACCGUUUGACAGAUGGUUUCGAACACUGUGCAACAAAAUGUGUUGAUAUCUAUUGUGAUUUAAUUCCAUCACUAGAAAAAACAAUGAAAGAUGUGCUCACGAACGGGACCAUUGAUGGACAGUCGUAGAUAGAAACUUGCAUUUUGAUGCUUAUUACUUUCAAGAUUUCUAAAAUCUAAUCUAAAUGUGGGAUCUAAAUGUGGGAGAUCAAGUAAAAAAGCAAUAGUAAAGUGAUUUUUUUCAGUUGUA